AUCAACAUAGACACCAGCUUUGAAGGACAAGAGUCUCCACUCUCCCACUUUCUUGCUGAUCCCUGCCCCAGCUCCUCCGACCAGCCAGAGAGUGCAGGCAGUUUGAGAAGACAUAUUGCUCAAUCACUGAUGCAACAUCAUCGAUUAAUUGAAAGAAGUAACAAUGCAUUGCGACCUGUAUCUCCUGCAAGUUUUGGUAGUUCAAUGGAGGUGGCGCCUUAUAACCCUGCAGUUACUCCUACUAGUUCUUUGGACUUCACGGGAAGAAUUGGUGGGUCAAAUUACAAUCUUAAAACAUCUACAGAGCUGCUCAAAGUAUUAAACCGAAUCUGGAGUUUAGAAGAACAGCAUUCAUCUAAUAUCUCAUUAAUAAAAGCAUUGAAGACAGAGCUAGACCAUGCCCGUGUCAGAAUCAAAGAGCUGCUCCAAGAUCAGCAGGCAGAUCGACAUGAAAUAGAUGAUUUAAUGAAGCAGAUAGCAGAAGAUAAAGUAGUCAGGAAGACUAAGGAGCACGACCGGAUCCAAGCUGCUAUGCAGUCUGUGAGGGACGAGUUAGAAGAUGAAAGAAAGUUAAGGAAACGAUCGGAGAGCUUGCAUCGGAAGUUAGCUCGGGAGCUUUCUGAGGUGAAGUCUUCUCUUUCUAAUGCUUUGAAAGAGCUAGAAAGGGAAACCAAAUCAAGGAAGCUUUUGGAGAACCUUUGUGAUGAAUUUGCUAAAGAAAUAAAAGACUAUGAGCAGGAGGUUCACUCUUUGAAACAGAAAUCAGAAAAAGAUUGGAUAGGGAGGGCUGAUCAUGAUCGUUUAAUUCUCCAUAUAUCUGAAUCCUGGCUUGAUGAAAGGAUGCAAAUGAAGCUAGAGGAAGCUCAGUCUGGUUUUGUUGAGAACAAAUCAAUAGUAGAGAAAUUAGGGUUUGAAAUAGAGACCUUCCUUCAAGCCAAGCGGAAGGGAAAUUUCAAGGUUACUGAUUAUACAUUGCCAACACCGAAGGACCGCCGCCAUUCGCUAGAAUCUGUCAUUCUGAAUGACACAGUGAGUGCACUCCAAGAUGUGGGCAAUGGAGAAGAUUCUGCAGGGAGCGGAUCAAAUUGUUUUGAGCUCAACAAACCAAGCAAUGCUGGCCUCAACUCCUAUGGGGAUGAAGCUGUGGAUGGCCAUAUUGAUGAGACUGUAAAAUCGAAUCAUGCGAACGGCAAACCUGCAUCUCAGGAAAACAUAAAAAGUCGAAAACUGUCAAGCUUGCAAGUGAAGUUUGAAGAGCAAAUGGCUUGGACCAUGUCUUGCAAUGGAAAUAAGAAGUCCAAGGCGGUGGAUAAGGAAGAGGGACACAGUGGUCAGGGGAAGCCGGUGGAAAUAAGUGUUUCCCAAAGAUCUGAAAAUUGCGAAAUCUCUGAAGAGGGAGGUCAUGAAAGAAAAAAUAAACUUGAGGAGAUUCAUGGAAAUUCAAAUUAUGUAAUGGAAAACAUGAUAAGGAAUCAUAUAUUGUUAUCAGAAGGUGGGAACAUACAACAUUCAGAGAAUGAUUAUGGUGAGGCUUCUUGCAGUUACUCUGCACGGAGGAAUCAAGCAAGUCCUGUAUGGCAAUGGAUGCCAAAAAUCAUAACCCCGGAUCUUGGUAUAUCUGAGUCUUCUACGAAGUUACCUCCUGGAUUGAAGGAUAACACGUUGAAAGCAAAGCUUCUUGAAGCCAGAUCAAAAGGGCAACGAUCCCGCUUCAAAGUUUUUAAAAACUCCUCAUAAUCUGUAGAGAAAAUAUGCUAAAGAGUUUGGAGGAUCCCUGUCAAGCCAAUGCGAGUGGCUGAAAUGCAUUUGCCUUGCAACUGGGAAUUGUGUCAUUAUGAAUCCUGACCUUGGAGCUCUGUAAAAUUUGAAGACUUCCAACUUGACUGAAGUUUUGAACUUCAGCUGGUAAUAUUGUACAAAGUCUGUAUAUGUGUAAUGUCAUUAUAUAACUACAAAAUUAGACAAAUUUGAAAAACCACUACAAUUUUGAAGA